CUGGACCAGGGCUCUGCUGCCCCAGCCAUGAGACAGCACACCUGGUUCCCCUUGCAGUACAUGCCCAAGCCCUUCUGGAGAGCUGAGAACCACAACACGACCAGCUUCUUCUCUGCACUCUACGGCUUCUCUAACCAGUCCUUCUUCCACAGUGACUUGAACCUGGAGGACCUGGGGGACUUUGAUAGCGGAGCCAAGUAUGAGGGCGAGUCCCAGAGCCGGACGGUGAAGGCGCUGCUGAUUGUCGCCUACUCUGUGAUCAUCUGCAUCUCUCUCUUCGGCAACAUCCUGGUGUGCCACGUGGUCAUCAAGAACAAGAGGAUGCACUCUGCCACCAACCUGUUCAUCGUAAAUCUGGCCGUUGCUGAUGUGAUGAUCACCACCCUGAACACCCCCUUCACACUGGUGAGGUUUGUGAGCAGCACCUGGGUUUUUGGAAAGCUGAUGUGUCACAUCAGCCGCUUUGUUCAGUACUGCUCUGUCCACGUGUCUGUGCUGACCCUCGCUGCCAUUGCACUGGACCGGCACCAGGUGAUCAUGCACCCUCUCAAGCCACGCAUGUCCAUGGUGAAAGGAGGGAUUUGCAUCAUCAUCAUCUGGGUUAUGGCCAGCUGCUUCUCAUUGCCGCACGCCAUUUAUCAGACUCUGACAAGGUUUUAUAUUGGAAACAGAACCAUCCGAAUGGUCUGCCUCCCCAGCUUCCCUCCUCCUGCUGAUCUUUUCUGGAAGUACUUGGACCUGACUACAUUUGCUCUCUUGUAUGUUCUGCCCUUGCUUGUGAUCUCCAUCACGUAUGCCAUAGUGGCCAAAAAGCUCUGGCUGAGGAACGCCAUUGGGGACCUCACCAUGGAGCAAUACUACGCCCAUCAGCGGAAGAAGAAGAUGACGCUGAAGAUGCUGAUGGUGGUGGUGGUUGUGUUUGCCGUGUGCUGGUUUCCCCUGAACUGCUACGUGGUGCUCAUCUCCUGCAGGGCCAUCCACAGCAGCAACGCUCUGUACUUUGCUUUUCACUGGUUCGCCAUGAGCAGCACCUGCUACAACCCCUUCAUCUACUGCUGGCUGAACGAGAGCUUCCGCGCGGAGCUGCGGUCCCUGCUGUGCGUGUGCCGGCGCACGAGCACGGCUCAGGGCCACGCUCUGCAGCCCGUCUCCCCCCUGUUCCGGCAUGCCAAGGCUGAGAGCUGCCGCUGCAAAAGAAGCAGCGCGUGCCAGAAGGCACAGACACCCUCCCAGAGGAACUCUGCAAGGACGGACAUAUCCAGCGUGCAGCCGAUUGUGGCAGAAAGCUGA